UCUUAACUUGUUUUUCAUUCAUAAAGUGAUACCAGUGGAGAGCCUGCAGGCCUAUCUGUGAUAGGCCAGAUGCAGGUUGUGGAGGGAGUCUGGUUGGGUUUUAUGUUUGUUGGGGCCGUGUUGUCCAGGAGGAGUGGGCUGGCUUUUGGGAGUCACUCUCGAGAGCGGGGAGAGACUGAGUUCGCACCAGUUCGCCUCUCAGUUCAGACGGAGUCUCUGAAGCGACCGCACGGCAGGGGAGGUACACUCUGCCAAAACUCAGGAUACCCUCAGACUUUUGGGACAAGCUAAAUCCGCUAGAUGUGAGUGCACGCACCAAGAGCUGUAAUCCCAUUGCCACCGCACCAACAUUGAGGAUUCUACCGGGAACAGAAAAAGGACAACUUUAUUGCGCGUUUGAAUAUUGUCAACUCGCAUCCCUACACGUUUAGUUUUCUUAACUGUGUUGCUCGCAAAUUGAACUGAAACACAUCAUCUUGGAUCGGACGAAUGUUCAAAAUAUCUUCCACAACACUGAACUGGUCAAUAAGCAUGAGGAUGUUCUGCGGUCCGGUCAGCCUGGUUCUGGCCCUGGUGCUGGGGACGGUGGCCCAGAAACUGCCCACUAGAGACGAGGGCCUCUUCCAGAUGCAGAUCCGAGACAAAGCCGUGUUCCACGACUCGUCUGUCAUGCCCGACGGAGCGGAGAUCAGUGGCUACCUCUUCAGAGACACGCCCAAAAGGUACUUCUUUGUGGUGGAGGAGGACAACACGCCUCUGUCCGUGACGAUUACGCCAUGUGAUGCUCCCCUGGAAUGGAAGCUCACUCUUCAGGAGCUGCCAGAGGAAGCCAGUGGAGAGGGAUCAGGUGAGCCUGAGCCCUUGGAAGAGCAGAAGCAACAAGUCACCGCCAACGAAGGCACUGAACUCUUCAAUUACAAAGGGAAUGAUGUGGAAUCCUUUAUAUCCACCAGCUCACCCUCCGGUCUCUACCAGUUGGAGCUGCUCUCCACCGAGAAGGACAGCAACUUCAAAGUGUACGGCACCACCACCCCUGAGUCAGACCAGCCCUACCCUGAGCUACCCUAUGACCCCCGUGUGGACGUAACCGCCCUGGGUCGUACCACCGUCACACUGGCAUGGAAGCCCACUCCGACAGGCUCCCUGAUGGGUCAGCCUGUGCAGUACUGCGUGGUUAUCAACAAAGAGCACAACUUCAAGAGCCUCUGCGCCGCCGAGGCGAAGAUGAGCUCCGACGACACCUUCAUGGCUGCUCCGAAGCCCGGCCGAGACUUCAGCCCCUUCGACUUUGCUCACUUUGGCUUCGUCCCGUCCGAGAAUGACUUCGGUAAGGACCGCUCACUGGCCACCAACAGGGCGCUUAGCAACAAGCUCUCACGCUCCUACAGCCCCAAGCCAAAGACUGCCGACAUCCAGAAGCUCUUCAUCGGAAACAAGAACAUCUUCACUGUGUCCGACCUGAAGCCAGACACCCAGUACUACUUCGACGUGUUCGCGGUGAACAGCGCCACCAACACCAGCACGGCCUACGUGGGCACGUUCGCCCGCACCAAGGAGGAGGCCCGGCAGAAGACAGUGGAGCUGAAGGACGGCAAGAUGGCCGACGUUUUCAUCAAGCGCAAGGGCUCCAAGUUCCUGCGCUUUGCCCCCGUCUCCUCGCACCAGCGCGUCACCCUCUUCGUCCACGCCUGUCUGGACACCGUUCAGGUGCAGGUGCGCCGCGACGGCAAGCUACUCCUCUCCCAGAACGUGGAGGGUGUCCGGCAGUUCCAGCUGCGGGGCAAAGCCAAGGCCAAGUACCUGAUCCGGGUGCGCGGCAGCCGCAAGGGCGCCUCCACGCUGAAGAUCCUAGCCAGUACACGGGCCAGCAGCAAGCAGCCCUUCCCCUCACUGCCCGAGGAUACGCGCAUCAAGGCCUUCGACAAGCUGCGCACCUGCUCCUCAGUCACUGUGGCCUGGCUGGGCACGCAGGAGCGCAACAAGUUCUGCGUGUACCGCCGCGAGGUGGCCGAGGGCUACGGCGAGGAGCAGCGCCGGCGCGAGCAGAACCAGUGCGCCGGGCCCGAGACGCGGCGCAAGUCCGAGAAGGUGCUCUGCAAGUACUUCCACAGCCCCAACCUCCAAAAGGCCGUCACCACGGAAACCAUCACAGGGCUGGAGGCCGGCAAGAGCUACCUGCUGGACGUUUACGUGGUGGGCCACAGUGGCCACUCGGUAAAAUACCAGAGCAAACUGGUGAAAACGAGGAAAUACUGUUAAAAAGAGGACUGCACAGAAGAAAUAUAUUAUAUAUAUAUGAAAAAAAAGAAGUUUAUUUAACUCUAAGUGAUAUUCUACUAAGGAGUGUAUACAGACUGACUACUCACACAGCUGGUGGGCUUGUGGCAGAGAUGGAACUGCUUUUAGCGAGAGAUACCGACGUGUAUAUUUAUGUUUACAUUGCCAAGUCGAGACGUUUGGCCAGAGCCCGGGGGGAUUCGCACUGGCGCGCUGACGCCGCCUGCGGGGUUGGCUGAGUGUUGAAGAGGAGGAGGAGGAGGAGGAAGGACGAUCUCUCAUCUCGUGUGUGUUGCUGUCGGUUGCUGCAUGAAUCCUGCGUUUGUCCUUCCCGCCUGUCAGUCCUCUGUUGACUCGAGUGUUAUGUUGAACCACAGAGAUGGCUGUGUAGGUCCAACUCUCCCCCCUACAAACACACACACACACACCCCACCCCACACCCCAUUCUCUCCUCUGCUCUCCCUCUCUCAUAGCAUACUCACUACAUGUCUAGGAGAGUUUUUUAAAUUAUUUUAUACUUCCUCCUCUUGUUUGUUCCGUUUUGUUUUUUGGUUCAUUUGUUGCUGAUUUUAUUUUGUUAUUGAUGGUAAUUAUAACUGAUAUGAGGAUAAUGUAAAUCUAUGAAUGGUUUGAUGUUGAGACAUUCCUCUCCCCUCUCCCCUGUCCCGUGUAUUGAAGCCCGCGUGUUGCUCUGGAGCUGCUCUGUAAAAGUGUUCUGUGUUCUACCACUGUGUGUCACAUGUACAGCGUUGUUCUGCCAGUAUCCAUGUACAUAAACACUAAAUAUAGAGACAAGUAAUCCCA